AGCCAUAGGGAAGGAUUUAUCUUUAAUGUCACAACUUUGAUGCGUAAACAAUCCCACUGUAUAGGUUGCAUCCGUUCACCCGGUACAUCAGAACUACAGGUAUAUAUCUGGAUUUGUCCCCUGGCUCAACUACUCAAACUUUAAAGAUGAUGUAUCAACAGUUAUUCAAAACUAUGCCUGCUCUGUUUUUGUUCUGUUAUGUCGUGAAGACAGCUUUCAUUUGUCCGAAAUCAGAUUGGAAUAAUUAUAUGUCGGGGAAAAAACUCCAAGAGUUUCCAAUCAAAAUAUUUGAUACCAUGGGUUUGAAUUCCUGUUACAAGGAAUGCAAGGCACACGGAAAAUGUCUUUCCAUCAAUUUUAACCGGAAAUUAUUUGUCUGUGAGUUACUCAGCGAGAAAAAAAGUGAGAGCAAACCCCUGACAGACGACCAGGAUUCUGUUUAUUUGGAGAUAACAGAUAUUAUUGAGAAGGCGUGUGAUGGAGGGCCGUGUAAUAACUAUUCUACAUGUAUCCGGACAUCGUUAAACAACAGCCUAUGCAUUGCCACAGAUUGUUCUGAGGUCUACCCAGACUUAGAAGACGGCGCCAUCGCUGACCGUACCUUUACUCCUAUAUCGGCUACUUAUGGUUGCAAUGUCGGCUUCACUGGAGUUGGGUCCGUAAACACGGUUACCUGUAUCCCCGGUGGGAAAUGGUCAUCUUUAUCUUACAGGUGUGAACCACCAGUGCAUGGGGGCUGGGGCAGUUGGGGAAGCUGGGGAUACUGUCCAGUAACUUGCGGGGGCGGCACGAGGUACCGAUAUCGCUCUUGUAACAACCCCACGCCUAUGUAUGGAGGAAACAGCUGCUACGGAAGUUCCUCAGACUCAGUAUACUGUAAUACGAACGGCUGCCCGGUAAACGGUGGAUGGGGGUAUUGGAGUGGCUGGUCCUCGUGUACUAAAACCUGUGACACGGGUUCAAAGUCCCGGAGCAGGAGUUGUAACAAUCCCUACCCAGCGUAUGGGGGUGCAGGGUGCAGCGGAGCACCGUCACAAUCCUCAGACUGCAACACCGACGGCUGUCCGGGGUGGUUAUUUGGUCGGCGAUAGAAGUAAAUACAUCAUGGUCUCUACAGGAGAGACUGGAAUAUGUUGGUUAUAACAUCAGGGUAUAAUAUUCAUUUUUACCAAUGAGAAAUCAAGGAAACACUCAGACUCUUCGAACGUAUGAUAAUCAAUUAAACGGAGACUAUCAACCUAUUUGAACUCUAACGGAAACUGGCACGUGUAGCAUUGUUACUUACAUAAAGUGUUGUAAUGAACGUGUAAAUAAAAUUAAAUUGAA